UCAUGCUCCCUAAGGCUCACUGCAGUGCAACGGCUGCCGUCGCGUCCCCGCCGCCGCCCGCCGCCGCGCCCCGCCGCCCCGCCGCCGUCAGGAGCCGCCGUCAGGAGCCGCGUCAGGAGCCGCGUCAGGAGCCGCCGCCGCGCACGAGGCGCCGCCCGUUGGUUUGAACGGCGCGGGCACCGCUCGGCCGCGCAUGCGCACGCCCAUUCACACGUGAUAAAACGGGACGUAAACAAAUGUAGGGAAACAGCCAUCCCUGGAUCAAUGUGAAUUGGCAGCAGCGUGUCCCUCCAGAGCCCAGAUUGUCGCAGCCGCACCUGGAACCGCAGCAGGUGGAAUGUCGGGAAGCAGUAGUGGCUCCAGUGCGGGCACCAACCUCGUUAAGAGGGUGUACCUGGACUACAAUGCCACGACACCUCUGGCUCCUGAGGUCAUCCAGGCCGUGGAGCAGUCAAUGCAGGAGGCUUGGGGGAACCCAAGCUCUGCCCACGAGGAAGGUGCAAGGGCAAGGACGGUGAUCAACCAGGCCAGAGAGGAUGUGGCCAGAAUGAUCGGUGCGACGCCCCAGGAUGUCCUCUUCAUGUCUGGGGGAACAGAGUCAAACAACCUGGUCCUUCACUGUGCCGUCACACACUUCCGCAAGUGGUGUUUGUCACAAGAGAGCCCCAUUUAUCACCAUCUCCGGCCACACAUCAUCACCACCAAAGUGGAGCAUGAUGCCAUCAAGCUUCCCCUCACACACAGAUAUGCAAUUGAAGCAGAUGUAACUUACUUAGGAGUUGAAAACUUACCUGAGGCUGUGCUUGAGUCCAUCCGGCCGUCAACAUGCCUUAUCACUGUAAUGUUGGCCAACAACGAGACAGGCAUAAUGUUCUCUGUUGCUCACAUUGGCAGGUUAUUAGCAGAAGUAAACAAGAAACGUGAGAACGAAGGUUUGUUCAAGGUGCUCCUCCACACAGAUGCAGCUCAGGCUAUAGGGAAAGUUCCUGUCGACGUCACUGACCUCAACGUUGACUAUCUCACAAUUGUUGGACACAAGUAUUAUGGCCCUCGGAUUGGUGCCUUGUAUGUACGUGGUUUGGGCCAUAAGACCCCCGUGUACCCAAUGUUCUACGGGGGAGGGCAGGAGCGUGGUUAUCGCCCGGGCACAGAGAACACGCCCAUGAUAGCAGGCCUGGGAAGGGCGUCUCUUCUGGUCCACAACAACGUUCAGGACUAUUACACUUCCAUGAAGAAGACCAGGAACUACAUGGAAAGGCAGCUGAAGAAAGUGUUUGGUAACCAGGUGAAGAUCAAUUGUGUUGACCCAUGCAUAUCUUCGGACCCUGAGACUUGUUCUGUUCCUCCCCGUGGGCCCAAGCAGCAGCAUUUCAUAUUCCCACGCCUUCCUAACACAUCAUCCGUCUCAUUUUAUUACAGACAGGUUGGAGGACCUGAAAUUCUGCGGCAUUGUCGAAUGGUUCAAGCCAGUUGUGGGGCUGCGUGCCAUGCACACACAGAGCAGCAGAGUAUUUUAGAGUCAUCAGGAGUGUGCUCCUUCCAUGCCUCGCGCACCAUUCGCCUGAGCAUAGGGCGGGACACCACUAUGGAGGAGAUAGACCUGGCCAUCCAGGACAUAAAGCAGGCCAUUGAGAAGCUCAUUGGGCGCUCUGUGUAGACUGGCAGGAGAGUGACAGUCUGUAGCAAAAAGCGACAUUUUUUUACAUUUUGCAGUGUUAGGGUUGUUGGGUAGUGAAAAAAUAGAAAUGAAAAAAAGUAAUUCUUGUACUAAGUGUAAGUGUUUUUUGAAACCAGACCGACAUGCACAUAUUUUGAUUUUGAAUUUAUUUUGAUUUGAAGAUAAUGUUACUUGAUAUUAUUAUUUUAUAUAUGGUAAGACAAAAAUCCGGCAUGUUGAUUGGGACUUAGUCAGUUGUUGAAUUUUAUAAUGAAAGUUUUCCAGAUUUAUUGUCUGAUAAAAUUGGUUACAAGGACACUAAAUAAGGUAACAGAAAUAGUUUAUUGUUGUCAUAAUUUCUAUUGUGUAUUUUAUUUUAUUGAACAUUUUUAUAAUCUUACAUGCAGAGGUGUGCAUUGCCUCUGGGAGAUACUUCACCGUAGAGAGUUCAUAAGUAUAGGACUACUGACCAAAAUGAAAUUGAGGCAGAGGUGUACUUAAGUUUUGAAAGUAUGUUGAUGCUGCCAUGUACUGCAAGGGACAAUGUGAUAUUGCAAGUUGACUCUGUUGAGAUUGCAAGUUGGCUGUAUUGAGAGUCUGGGUUGUGUCCGAGCUUCCCAUCAGAAGAGGGAGUGAGUGGCAAGGAUACUCAUUGAUCAUGAAGACGCAUUGCAUUUAUAUUGAUAUAUUACGUGAUUGUAGUGCAAAGUAAAUUCGACAAUAAUUUUAGUGUUUUUGCUGCAGUUUGAUUGUUGAUGGAUCUUGGAUUUUUAUUUUAUUCUAUGUAUAUCUAGAAAAUUAUUAUUUUUUAAUGAGGUGUCUGGUUCUAAGAGCAUUAGAUGUCUCUUCAGCCAGAAUGCCAUUCUGUUGGGUUCCUUUGCCCAAGGAAGCCACAGAUGGAGUGAUAUGUGUAGACAGCAAAUUGACUAUCAAAAAAAACACAAAAAAAAACAUAAAAUUAUCAAUGAACUGUGAUACGCUGUCUGUGUUGUUGUCACUGUCAUGUGUAAGGGGUACAGUAGAGUUGUUUUACCACAACUUUUCUGGAUGAAUGCGAUAGGGAGCUGGGGCACAGCAGGCAGCAGGGAAGGAGAAGGAGCCCCACAGGCUGAUCUGCGCAUGAAUACCUGCAUGCACUUUGCCCGUAAAAGUUUUUUUUAAUUUUUUUAUUAAUACUUUUCUAUCAGUACUUUCCCAGGUGGAUGGAUUAUUGGAAUGAUUAGAUGGUUUUGGUGUUGAUAUGCCUUAUCGCAGGUUUGUCAUGGAGUUGGGAAUAUUUAGUACAUUGGCUCAUUCAUAAGAUCUUUAGGUACAAGAUCAGAUCACAAAUUUGUUUUCAUUCACAUCUUGUAUAUCUGUUCUUGCUACCCAAAUUGCUACAUACACAGUGCUAUACAUAACACAUUGUCUGGAUUUGGAAUACCAAGCAAAGCAGGUUUAAAGCUCACUUGCAACAUGAGAGAAAGCAAAAUCAAACUGCCAGAUAAUGCAUUUUCUGCUAAUACAUCAGAGGGUCAUCUUUCCAAAUGAAAUUAGAUUUUGAACUUAAAUUGCAUUGUUUUCAGUUUGUUUCUCUUGCAUUCAUGGCGACGGACCUUUCGGAAACGAAUGACGUCAGUCAAUAUUAUGCUGAGUGAAGUGAAUUUGCAAAAGCUGCUGUGUUGGUAUGUUAAGUAAUUUAUUUGGUAAGUUAAGGUUGACCAAGUAUUAUAAAAACAAUCACCCAAAUAUGUACAAAACCUUCAGAAGGUUGAACUUUUUUUAAUCACUUACGAACAUUUAUAAAUGUAGGAAAUGUAAGCAAAGCGACAUUAGUUUAUUAAUAUUUUUGUGUUUUCUCCCCCUUUCUUUCUUCAGUGCUGUGGGGGCAUGAUGGGGUUUUGAUGGUGCUCUUUUCUAAGACCAGUAGAAUUUGGGGACUGAGGGGCUAGUACCUGUGAGAAAUUACUAGAGUUUUUGUUUCAUGUAUCAGCGUGAAUACCAAAAAUAUAAUUAAUAUUGGCAAAUUUGUGAAAGUUUGCAUAUUGUUUACAUUCCAGUUGCAUUCCAAAAAGCUGUGUCUUUUUAUGUUGGUAUUCACAGAAGAUACAGGGUAAAUUCUUCAGCCACUAUGUACCAUGCAGUUUAUUCCUUUUCAUUGUCUUCUUGUUUUAUACCUGUAGUCAUAAACCCUCUCCUUCUAAGUAUACUGUGUUGCUCUUUUUGUAGUCCAAGCACAGUACUGCAUUAUUUGAUAGUAAACUAACCAUAUGAUAUAGUAGCCAGAUGGCAAAGUGUUCAGCUCUGAGUAUAUUCUGGGGUCUUCUAAAUUUUUCAUUAUGAUGCAAAACUAUAUUCCUGGUUAGAAUUCAGUUCCAUGCAUGACUGCAAAUGCAUUCCAUGACAGUCUUAUUGUCCUUCACAUACCUCUCACCCUGAGGCUUUCAGCUUAUAGUUACUACAAAAUAUUGAGCUGUUUAAAUACUCAAUCCAUCCUUUUAAGUAAUUUCCUAAGCUAAAACAAAGCCUUUUGAUGAUUUCUUUUCUGUUUAAACGCAUUCACACACUGCAGACAUGUAAUAUAUGGAAAUUAUAUAUAAGGUUGAAACAUUCCCCAAAUUAAUUUUCUUUUUCAUGUGAUGCUAAUUAGUAUUAGAAAUAAUUGUAGACAAUUUUAGAUGACAGAUAUCAGUCUCUGCAAGAAUUGUCUUUAUUUCAAGCUUCAUGUUCAUUUCAAUCUGAUUUUUCUUCCACACUUUUUCUCCGUCUCAUGUAAUAGACAUAUGAUCAGAGAAGUGAGAGGUUCAAGUUUCUUAAGAGUAGGUUGCUUUGUUCUCAUUUCUCUUCUAUUAUAUCCUUUUUUUUUCCUUGAGAAAAAAAAAAAAAAAAUACUACUUCUAUUCCUUUUCCUUUUCCUAGAAUUCUAUUCAUCACUAUUUAUUCUUUCUUUCUUUUUUUUUCUUUUUUUUCCUCCUUUUUUUCCCUCUUUUUCUUCUUCUUCCUCCUCCUCCUCCUGUCUCGUAAAAGGCAGAGUGACUAUCGAAUCAGAAAUGAGAUGAAAAGGGAUAACAUCCAGUUGAGAGAAAUUCACCCAUACCUCACACUGCUUUUGUUCCUUGCUUAUAUUUCUGUGCAGUCCCAAGGGCUGCAAGAAAAUGUAGAAUGCUUGACUAGCAUCUUAGUGCUGGGUGCUACAUGGUGGCUUCUAACUAACACCAUCAUCCAACCAUCAGUGUCUAUGAGACCUUUAUCAUACAGUGGCCUCAAACAGUGCAUGCAUUUUUUUCACACAAUCUUUUGCUUGAUAAGUAGAUGUAAGCAUUUACAAUAUUACUACUUUUUUUGUUUUUAUUCAUUAUUAUUGUUACUUUUGGUAAGUGUCAUGAUUUGCAUUAUUUUUUUCAAUGGUAUUCAAUAUGAUACAAAGGAGUGUGAAAGGGUGUGUUAAGGAGUUAAACUUUGCCUUGUUAGAGUACCUAUCAGGUGGUAUAGGUAAUGUGUGGGUGGUGUUGAGACUCCGAAAUGGUAUUUACAAGUGGAAAAAAUGACUAGGUAAGUGUUAACUUCAUUAUCAUUAUUAUUAUUAUUUUUUUUUAAUAUGAAAUAUUUCUGUAGAAAUUUUUUCCUUAAUUAAAUCAAUCAUUAUUUUGAGGAGAUGAGGAUGCUUGAAAGAGCAAUAGUUGUUUACAUUUAGAACAUUGCAUCAUAAAACUGCCAUUAGAUUUUAACUAUUACCAUUGUUAGUAUUGGUUGUUAAUGUUAAGUGUGCGGCAUCAAUGUAACAGUCGAAAAGCAUUGAGAUUAUUACCAAGUACUUUUUAUAUCAUGGUUUUGAGAUGCAGAGUCUUGAGUCGUCACUGUAUUGUAGGAUAGUGUUCACCCAGAAUCACAAUAGCAUUGCUUUCAUGAAGACGUUGCUCAAAGUGAUCGGAAGAAACCUCUCGGAGAAACUGACUGAGCCACAUUUUUACAAUUAAUUUAGAUAAUAAUUAUUGCUGUUAUUAUUUCAUCAGAAUUAUUACUGUUAUCUUCAUUAUUAUUAUUAUUAUUAUCAUUAUUAUUAACAUAUUUAUUAUAAUAUU